AUGCCGUACCGUGCCAACCCCCUCUUCGCGCCCGGCGUCUCCAACUUCUACGCCCCGGCUGCCACCGAGGCUAGCGCCGCCCCCACUGGCGUCGACCUUUACGCUCGCUUCGCCCUUGCCGGUGCUCUUGGCUGUGCCGUCACCCACGGUGCCCUCACCCCCGUCGAUGUCGUGAAGACCCGCAUCCAGCUCGAGCCCGAGGUUUACAACAAGGGUAUGGGCAACGCCUUCAAGCAGAUCAUCUCGACUGAGGGUGCCGGUGCUCUCCUCACUGGUCUCGGCCCCACCGUUGUCGGUUACGCUCUCCAGGGUGCCUUCAAGUUCGGCGGUUACGAGUUCUGGAAGAAGACCGCCAUUGACACCUUUGGCAUUGAGGCCGCCACCAACAACCGUCAGGCCGUCUACCUCGGUGCCUCGGGUAUUGCCGAGUUCUUCGCCGACAUUGUCCUCUGCCCCCUUGAGGCCACCCGUAUCCGUCUCGUCUCGCAGCCCACUUUCGCCAACGGUCUCGUCUCUGGCUUCCUCCGUAUCCUCAAGGAGGAGGGUGUCGGUGCCUUCUACGCUGGUUUCGGUCCCAUUCUCUUCAAGCAGGUCCCCUACACCAUGGCCAAGUUUGCCGUCUUCGAGAUUGCCUCGGAGAAGAUCCUCCACGCCGCCGGCAAGACCAAGGACCAGCUCACUGGUGGCCAGUCGACCGGCCUCAACCUCGGUGCCGGUCUGAUCGCCGGUAUGGCCGCCGCCGUCAUCUCGCAGCCCGCCGACACCCUCCUCUCGAAGAUCAACAAGACCAAGGGUGCCCCGGGAGAGUCGACCACCUCGCGCCUCAUCUCCAUGUCCAAGACCCUCGGCCUCAAGGGUCUCUUCACCGGCAUGUCCGCCCGUCUCGUCAUGAUCGGUACCCUCACUGCCGGCCAGUUCCUUAUCUACGGCGACAUCAAGAAGGCCCUCAACGCCAAGGGCGGUGUCGAGAUCGCUGCCGCUCCCAAGUAA